AUGGACUCUUUACUUGAUUUGAUUCAGUCGCUUGAGUCAGGAUUAACAGAUAUCAAAAUUACUUCACAAAAAGAAUCUAUUGAAGCGCUUAUUACUGGGAUGAAAAAUAUCCCACUUUCAAAUAUAACAUGUAAAGAGAUUGAUCACCUUGUAGACUUUUUGUCGGAUCGUUUAGCGCUUUCUGAUCCAAAUAUUACAAAUUUAAUACUUGAUGGAUUUAUAUGGUUGAUAAAAUCUGUUUGGUCUAAUGGCUGCAGUCUGAUUAAUUCACAACAAGCUGAACGAAUUGUUCAAAAUGGUAUAUUUGGUCAUUUAUCUAUUCAGAGUUUGACAAAAUCUGGAAGAUUAAAAGUAUUUCAAUUGUUGCACUGUUUUCUGACAGGACCACAGUUGACUGGUAUUCAAUCAAUGAAAUCCUCUUUUAUCAAAAAUUAUCUGGUUGCUAUUGAUGGAGAAAAAGAUCCACAAGUUUUACAAUUAAUUUUUCAAAUGAAUGCAAUAAUUGUCAAAGCUUUGCCUUCAGUGACAGAAUUCGUAGAUGAACUUUUUGAAACAACAUCAGUUUACUUCCCAAUAGAUUUUUCACCACCUCCUGGUGGUGGUAUUUCUGGUAUCACACGUGAUAUACUCGUUGCUAGCCUACACAAGUGUCUUUUUGCCAUGCGAAAUAUGACUGGUCAUCUAUUGAUGCCACUUAUAUGUGAGAAAAUUGAAUCAGAUUGGACAGAUGGUCAAUUGGAUGCUUUAAGUUUACUAACUGACUGCUUACAUGGACAACUGAUGCACAGUAACGGGAAUGAUGGUGAUCAACUUCUAUCCGAUGGAAAUCCAAUCGAAAUACGACAUAUUUCUCCCUAUCUUGGUGUAAUUUUUCCUGCAUUGAUUAAAAUUGCGAAUCAAAUAGAGAAAAGAAGAAAUAAAACACAUGUCUCCGCUCUUGCUUUAUCCUGUGUCUCUGGCUUAAUUUAUGCAUACUCGAAACAGACUAACGAACAGUCUCAACUGGAGGAUUUCGCUGUAAUCUUAUUACGAAGUUUUGGUUUAUCAUCUGAUAAGUCAGACAAAAAUCAGUCAACAGUUAUAAUUCCUUCAGGCGUUAUCGUUGACUAUAUCAUUGAAAGCUUUAAAUCUGCUCAAAACAAUGUUCUGUUAUGUUCAAUUCUCUUGAAUUAUACUAUUCCGUGUUUAUCUUCUCCGCCAAUCUCAGAUUCUGCUGGCGAUGCUUGUCAUCUCAUCAGUACAGAAGAAUUAAAUGUUACUCUUGAGAAACUACCGAACUGGCAGUCAUGUAUAUCCUUGUUGAAUAGGAUCUUUCUCAGUAUUACUGAAGAAAAUUUAAUUAAAGCCCUUCAUAAUGAUGUACAAAUUAUGAAAACACUGAAUAGAAUAAAAGAUAAUGGAUUUACAAUGAUAACUAAAUUACACGAAUAUGUAACAAAGUCAGCUAAUCUGUCAGAAAUUCUUAACGGAAAAAUUAUACAUUUCUCAGUAGUAACCUGUCGUUUAUGCUAUUCAAUAAUGAAAUAUUCUGCUGGUGUGCCUCCUCUUCCUGAUAAAAAUAUCACAGUAAAUUCAUGUGAUUCCAAUACAACAUCACAGACACAAUCAUUCUCCCUAGGAAUAGAUUCAAUCUUCAACAUAGUCCGUUCAGCAGUCCUAUGGUUGAACAAGUAUUCCUCGGUGGAGCGCAAUAAUAACAAUCAUAAUAAUGCUGGUGAUGCUGGCCUGUUGGAUAAUGAAGCCAUAGAACCUGUAAAAGACGAAUUACUUUCAUUCAUCCCAGUUAUUUACUGUUCUUGUGAUCUGUUUGUUGUUAAAUUGGAUCAAUUUCUUUUUACCUGUCUGAAAAACUGUCCGAUUAAACAGCCUAUAUCAGAUAAUAAAAAUAUGAGUAAUAAUACUAAUAAGGAUUUCGCAAUGGAAGUUUUGAAAUACUGUUCAUUUAGAAAUAUGAAUUUAUUAAAGAAGGCUGUGGAGUUUAUUCUUGAGAGACAUAAUUGUGACAGAGAUAUUUGCAACAAUAGAAUGUCACUGGCUUCUAAUAAUUUAUCCAAAAUUACUCAGAAAUAUUGGGCUGACAAUUUUGCAUCACUAUUGUGUUUUAUAUGCGAAGGCAUAGUUGACAAUUAUAACAAUAAUAUUAAUAGUGACAAUCGUGAUCAAACAGAUCAGCCUCUUCAUUAUCUAUCACAUAUAUCCUACUUAUUUGAAUUAUGUCAAAAUAUACAACUGUUUGUCAAUUUUAUCAAUCACUACUCUUUGGACAUUUUCACUGAAAUCAAAUUUAUGCAAAAUCAAAUUAUCAAGCUGAAUUCAGUUUUUCGCAUUAUCACAAGCCAAUGUAAUUCAUCCGACCAAAUACUUCUCUAUCAUCUGUACAAAGACUACUAUGAUGAAGUGAAUACAAAUCACUAUCCAUCUCCGCUUACUCUUGGCCUGUUUACGAUCAUAUGUGGAAUUAUUUCUGGACUACGACCAGAUGUAAUAAAAUCAGAAAAUCCUGUUAGUUUAUUGGGUUUCUUUGUAAAUAAUAUUGAGAAUCUUCUUCAUCACAUCAAGUGUUCGAAUCCUCUUCUGUUGUCGGUAUUUUCACAAACAGUUGCGUCUUUGCUAAAUAAGACUGAUGAUGAAUGUUUUACAAAUGUAAAACAGUGCUUCUGCAGAUGUUUAAAUCACUUUUUCACAUUGAUACCAACUAUUGAAAGUCACAACACAUUUGUCUGUUUUCUGGUAUUAUGGUCAAUUCGUGGUCUCUUGUCCUCAUAUACAUAUAAUGAAGGCGAUAAUCAUACCGCCCAUAAAGAAUUGGGUGAUUUUGUGAUUAAGUCAAGAAUGCUUACAUUUACACCAUUGGGUAAUGAUAUAUCAAGUUUUCGAAAAACCUUAUUAUCUGCUGAUUUUCAAUGUGCAUGCAGUUGUCUUGACCAAGCUGAUGAAAUACUGUUAAACUCAUUGAAUUCAACCUCUUCUUCUUCUUCUUCUCUGUGUACAUUCAGUCAUUGUUAUAUUACAGAUUCAUAUAUUCAUAAUAUCCUUCAGCAGGUUAUUGAACCUAUGCAUAGUGAAAUUAACCUAUUGAUAGACAGGAUUAGAUCACAACCAGAGCUUCUCGAAACAUACAACUGUUUUACAGCAUUUUUAAGUCGUCUAUUGGUGCUCUACUUGAAAAUAACAGUUCGAUUGCCAUCCGAAUUCUUCACCGAUGAGCUGAUAAGGAAGACGGGUCACCAUGAACUUGCCAGCUACUUGGACUAUAGUAGGCGAAUAAAUCCAUCACCUUCAAUAUGCAAUGGAAUGAGUCUUGGAUACUCUGAACUCCCAGCUAAACGAAGACGUGGACAAAUCUCAUUAUGGGUUCAGCUGUUAGCAAUCAAGGUGUCUCCAUCAUUAUACACACAACUAACUGAACAAAAUUUAAAAAAUAAGGAUGUGAACACUCCUGUGCUACCAUCUCAUGUCCAAAAGUUACAAGAAAACAACACGACUUUUAAUUUCAGUGGUACAGAAAACUGUCAGUUUGAAAACUCUUGCAGGAGACCACUAUAUCUGCAGUCCACUCCUGAACCUAAAGAAGAGGUCCACGAUACUACGUAUAAAGAAGGUCAAAUAACUACAAUUCAGAACGCUAAUUCCUACCGUAAUUUGACGUGUGAUAAGGAAAACUACAGUGCAUCUUGUGCGGUGUCAGGAAUAUCGAAAAAUUUUCUGGAUUGCUCACCGGAUACAUUCGAAAGCUUGGAUGUGCAGGCUCCUUUGCUUGAUUAUCUUGUCAGACAUCAUGCUAUAAGUGGAGAAUCUAGUCUCGAAAUAAUACGGGCAGAAAAAUGUGAGCGUCCUUUCUUGCUGCUAAGUGCCAUUGGCCUUCCUAUUCAUAAUGGUGGCUUUCGUAGCUCAGGAUCAUCCAACAGUUGUCCAUUCGCCCCACCACAAGGCCUAGCGCUCUUGCUUAACGCAUUACGACAGACGGGUCACCAUGAACUUGCCAGCUACUUGGACUAUAGUAGGCGAAUAAAUCCAUCACCUUCAAUAUGCAAUGGAAUGAGUCUUGGAUACUCUGAACUCCCAGCUAAACGAAGACGUGGACAAAUCUCAUUAUGGGUUCAGCUGUUAGCAAUCAAGGUGUCUCCAUCAUUAUACACACAACUAACUGAACAAAAUUUAAAAAAUAAGGAUGUGAACACUCCUGUGCUACCAUCUCAUGUCCAAAAGUUACAAGAAAACAACACGACUUUUAAUUUCAGUGGUACAGAAAACUGUCAGUUUGAAAACUCUUGCAGUCAAUGUCUCGGCUACGCCAAGAUUCAUUCUGAUUGGAUAAUAAGCAAAGGAGUAUUUGUUGCUAAGGUUUUAUACAAUCCGUAG